AUGAUGCUCAUCUCCAAUGGUACCAUUUUGAAAAACUUUAUUAUUGUGGGUUUUCCUGGACUGUCCCCGGUGUUUUUUGGACCAGUGUCUGUUCUGCUGCUCUUUGUCUUUUUAGCUAUUGUUGUUGGAAACUCCUUCACAGUUGCUGUUAUAUAUUUGAUCAAAUCUCUUCACAAACCCACCUACAUAAUAUUUGUCAACCUGGCCAUGACAGAUAUUGUAUUUGCGAUUGUGAUUCUUCCUAAAGUCAUUGCUCGAUAUUGGUGGGAUGACUCUUUGACUCUCUUUGGUACAUGCUUCACUCAAAUGUAUUUUGUACAUUCUAUGGGUGCCAUCACCUCUUUAAUACUCCUUUUAAUGGCAUUGGACCGGUUUGUUGCUGUAUGGUUUCCAUUGCAGUAUCCAACUGUAGUCAAUAACAAAUCAAUUUCCAUAGCAUGCUUUCUGUGCUGGUGUUUGACAUUUAUCCGGAUGGUGGGUGUGGUAUGUCAUGCAUUAAGCCUACCAUACUGUGGUAUCCAUGGGAACAUUAUUUACCAUUGCUAUUGUGACCACCUGUCAAUAACUCAGCUAGGCUGUGGAGAUGAGGUCAAAUAUGUGAAGCUUGUGUCUCUAGGAAUUGCUUUAUUUGGUCUCCUGAUGCCCCUGGCCUUUAUCAUUUUCUCCUACUUUUCUGUGAUUGUGGCUGUAAUCAGAAUGUCUCAGGCUGAGAGUCGAUAUAAGGUCUUGUCCACAUGUGCUCCUCAGAUUUUUCUCACUUGUUUGUAUUAUGUUCCAAGAUGCUUUGUGUACAUAGCUCACAACCUGGGGGUCAAAAUAAGCCCAGAUAGCCAAGUCGUCAUAGUAAUGCUAUACAGUCUUGUCCCUGCAGUUGUUAACCCACUCAUCUACUGUUUCAAAACAAAAGACAUUAAGGACGCUCUCACUCAGAGACUAAAGAACAGGAGAGUAUAUGAUGGAAUUUUGUUUACCAAAUAG